UUUUACGUCGUCCGUAUCGCUGGGGUAUCGUUGACUAUCCGCUGAUUUAUCGCUCCAUAUCUGUUAGCUUUCAGACAUUUUGAGGAGAUAAAUGAUCCUUUUUCAUUGUACAAAACAUAAAUAAUAAUCCUCCAAUGACCAAUGACCUUGCUAUGGAUGAAAUCGAUAUUCAGUGUAGAAUUCUGUCACUCCCUGAAGAGAUCAUUGUAUAUCACAUCAUUCCAUUACUUCCAAUGCCUGAUAUCUGUGCUAUGAGAGGUGUUUGCAAGAAGUGGUUUGAUUUAGUCAACAUUCACUUUGCUCAGCUCAAAGUGCUGGAUCUUACUCCUUGGGACUUUCUAAUAACUCCAGAAUUUCUCCAUUGUAUCUUGUCCCAUGCAAUGGCAUUGAGGGAAUUGAGGUUAGAUAAUUGUUGGAAGGCAGUUGUUAGGGAAACCAUGGAUGUAGCAGCAGAUAAAUGCAGAGAAGUAAGAUGUGCUUCCUUCUCUAAGUGUGGAAAAUUAACGGAAGACUCUGUUAUACAGCUGGCAGAAUCUUGGAAACAUCUGGAAGAGUUGGACCUGAGCAGCUGUUAUCAAAUCAUGGAUAGAACAUUAUGUGGCCUUGCUGAAAAUGCUUGCUCAUUAAGAGAACUCUGUGUAGGAAGUGUGUAUGGAGUAACAGAUUUUGGUGUAAGUCAGCUUGCAUACAAAUGCCAUACUUUAGAACUAUUAGACGUCAGUUAUUGCCAUCGGGUCAGUAAUAAAGGACUACAACCAUUUGUCAUGGAAACUGGAGAAAAAAGAACAUCACUGAAGAAUCUAAGGAUAAAGGCCUGUCAUAAGGUAAAUGAUGUAAUGAUUGGAAGACUUCUUGACUGUGGCAUUCAAGUCAACAAUAUGUUCUGAUGGAAAAUAAUGCUUCAAAACCUUGCUCUUCUAGCUCUUCAAUAAUAGCUCUUUCAUGUGAGAUUUUAUAUUUAACCAUUUAAAAUCAAUUGUAAAAUAUAAUCUUGUACUCUAAUCUGAACCAGUACUCUUGUGCAAUGUCAUGAGAGACAAUUUUCUUUUUUAUUCUAGACAGCAAUUUAUUACAAAGAGGUGAAUUUUUUAUGUAUAUCACGUCACUGAAUGAUUUCCGUCACUUAAAUCAAUUUCUUCUGCCCCUAUGUGCAGGGGGAAAUUAUUAUAUUGUCCAUUGUGUGAUUGAGUUAAAAAUUCUCCCACAUCAAAUAGGUUGAAUGAAUAGAUGAGUAAAUUGAUAAAUGUUGUUUGAUACUAAAUAAGUCAUAGAUAAAGUAAAGAAAAUAUAUACAUGUAUGUAUAACAUAUUAUAAACUUGAAAUAUUGAUUAUGAUAUAAUACUACUUAUUUUGAAAUAAAAUAUGUAUGUUACCAAAAAAUGAAGGAGAUGGAAACAACUCUUUACAAGCUCCCAAUUAACUCUUCAUGCGUUACGUUCGCAUUAUUGCACAUCCGUAGGCGUGUUUCGUUCGCAUUUUUGCACAACCACACAUUUCCCAUAGACGUCCCCUGUCCCAUUGUUUUUCGAACAAUUACAUGCCCCUUAGCUUGCCUAGCUACAAUGCAUAGCCGGCGUUUGUGUACAGUAUACCGUACAUGUGUACCGAUCGAUCGAUCCCGCGUGCGACAUUAGUUUAGCGCUCGACGGAUUAUCGCAGUUUACAAAUUACAGAAUCGUUGAGUUUUCCUUGAAAAUUAGUACUUAUAUCGCGUUUAUUUUCCCCCAAAAAAAAUCAAUACAUCCUGAUCACAGCCAGGAAGUUCAUUAAUUGAAAAAGGAGAGGAGAAAAU